GCAGCAGCAGCAGCAGCAUCAUCCUCAGCCCCGGAGCCUGUCCAGCCCCAUCGGGAGCCCGCUGCCCUCGCUGCUGCCGUUGCUCUCUCUGCUGGGCGGAUGGCAGAGGAGGAGGAGGCGGCGGCUCUGGGGGAGCUGGAGCCGGGGGCUCUGCGUCGGCUGCUGGUGGCGCUGGGCCCCGGGCGCUGCCUGGUGCUGGACUGCCGGCCCUUCCUGGCCCACAGCGCGGGGCACAUCGCGGGGGCGCUGCACGUGCGCUGCAACUCCAUCGUCCGCCGCAGGAGCAAAGGCGCCGUCUCCCUCGAGCAGAUCCUGCCCGGCGCCCAGGCCGAGGCCGAGGGACAGGCCAGGGAGGCCCUCCGCAGGGGACGCUGCGCCGCCGUCGUCCUCUACGACCAGAGAGGAGGGGCGGCGGCAGCAGGAGGCGGCAGCGGAAGCAGCAGCAGCAGCAGCAGCAGCGCCCUCGCCCUCGCCGCCCUCCGCAGGGAGGCCCCCCAGCCACCCCCAGACAUCCUCCGCCUCAAAGGUGGCUAUGAGAGAUUUCAUUCAGAGUAUCCAGAAUUCUGUUCAAAGACAAAAUCUCCUGCUUCCAUGCUGGCCUCUGUUGAACAUCUUGAGCAUAGCUGCAGUUCCUGUAGAACACCACAGCAUGACCAGAGAGUGCAGGCGUCGCGCCGCAUCCGACGUCGGUUGGAUGCGAGAGUGGGCACACAAUGCUUGCACAGGGAACGCGAACAACUCGGCAAGAAGGUUAGUCAGGUUGAAUCCUCCAGCUACCAGAGCGGCCGCUUCCUCUAUGGCACCGGGGCAGUGGAGGAAUCAGUCGUCCUGGAUCGACACAGGUCGCGAAGAAGGACCACCUUCUCCGUUGACAGCAACUCCGAAACGCCCUCAAUGCCUUUUCUUCCAACUGCCAGCAUCUCCAAACUUGAUGGAGGCGGUUUGUCUGUUUUGGACACAUCUGUCCUUGACGACCAGGGUCGAGCAGGCAGCCCCAUCCCUCCAGGGAUCAUCGUGGUCAGGUCUCUUCUUCCCCGGCCUCGGAGCCUCCUCCGAUGGAAAGAAAGGAUGGUCCGGAAGAUCCAGAGGAACACCCCGCCCCCCGAAGAGGAGGGUCUUGGGGACCUUGCCCUGUCAGAUGACGGGACAUGGGUCCGCUCCGAAGGCAACAGCUGGCGCCUUGGGUUUCGGAGCGUGGCGUGGGAUGCUUGGAUGUCCUGGAGGACGAAGCGAGGCGAGAUGGGCCUCCGCCUCGGUGGCAUUCUUAGCAUGCGAGCUCUCUCCAUCUCUUCGUCGGUUGGAGGCCGGCUCGCACCCCUCAGUCCCACGAAGACUUUUGGGGGGCGCUUGGAGGGUUCGUCGGUUGCGCUGGCGGUUUCGAGCCACGGGCCACAUCGGAGUGGUGGGAGGGACGGUCCCGGCCGGGACACACACAACCUGGAACGGACGGCCCUCGCGGAUGCCACCUGGACACACUUGGCCCCAGAGGAUGAAGCUGGUGGCGCGGAAGGUGGAAAGAAAGACGACCGCGAACCUCCUUCUUGCACCUUCGCCCAGGGCAAUCGCCGAAACUCUGUGAAGGGGUGCCACGGCCGGGUCCUUGUACACUGUCACGCUGGCAUCUCUCGAUCGGCCACCAUCUGCUUAGCCUACCUGAUCAUGAAGAAGCGUGUGAAGCUUGAGGAGGCCUUUGAGUUUGUCAAGCAACGCCGGAGCAUCAUCUCUCCCAACUUCAGCUUCAUGGGACAGCUGCUUCAGUUUGAGUCCCAGGUGCUGGCCACAUCAUGUGCUGCGGAGGCUGCCAGCCCUUCGGGAACACUGAGGGAAAGAGGGAAGACCACUUCCACCCCAACAUCUCAGUUUGUCUUCAGCUUCCCCGUCUCCGUGGCUGUCCAUUCCACUCCUGGCAGCCUUCCCUACCUCCAUAGCCCCAUCACCACCUCUCCCACUUGCUAGACUGGCCUCCACGGGUUGCACCCUGGGAUGAUACGGAGCAAAAUCCCACAGCCUCCUUGGCCACCAUUAAUGGCAAUAACCAAGGAUUCUGCCUGCCUUGCGGAUGGUCAAAAUUUAUCCAAAGAUGGAGCAAUAAUGGCUGCCAUUGCAGCUGGAAAGGAACUUUUGGGAGCUGGGGAGAAGGGUCCAGAAGGUCUUCUCUGGGCAGGAUGUCUUACCUCAUUUUUAAGAUAUAUAUGUAUAAAUAAUAUAAAAAAUAGAUGUUGUGAAAUCCUAGUAAUUUCUUGGAUUUAGUUCUCUGUGUGUAUGUUUGUCUGUCUGGAGGGAGAGUGAAAGAUACAUUCCUUGGAGCAGGAGAGAAUUGUGAAUAUUGCCAAAGUAGCUGCACAUCAUUGUUUCACCUGAGCCCUAUUGAACUGUGUGUGUGUGAGAGAGAGCAGUGGGGAGGAGUGUACAAAUGGGGAUGUUUUCCUACGUCUGGAAUGGUUGGCUGGCUGUUAUACGUUUUUGGAUUGGGGCCAGUUUCCCAAAGUGCCUGGCUUUUGAUUUCUUU